AUGGCGGAGCUGCAACCUGUAACUAGUUUGAAGGGGAAGAGCAUAAUAACCGCAGCUCAGUUCACCCGCCCCGAUAUUGAUGCUCUCAUUCGCCUUGCCACUGCACUUAAAGAGAAGAUAUGUGCGGGAGAGGUGUUACGUUUUCUUGAGGGUCGCAUCAUGACACCUCUAUUCUUUGAGGAUUCCUCCCGCACGCUUAAUUCCUUUUGUGCGGCCAUGGCGAGGCUUGGAGGUCGCGUUGUGUACUUUAAAGCCGAAACCUCCUCCGUGAACAAAGGCGAGACACUCGGGGAUACGGUUCGGACGCUGGAUUCCUACAGUGACGUACUUGUGCUGCGUCACCCAAAGCAGGAGGCCAUUACGGAAGCGGUUGCCAAAGCUACGCAUCCCGUUUUGAAUGCCGGGAAUGGGGCCGGUGAGCACCCAACACAAGCACUUCUCGACGUGUUAACAAUACAUUCUGAACUGGGCCGCGUUGACGGUAGCACAAUCGCGAUGAUUGGUGAUCUUAAGAUGGGACGUACGGUCCACUCACUACUGAAGUUGCUGGUGCGUAACUUUAAAAUGAAAACCAUCUUCUUUGUUGCGCCGGAUGCACUUCAAAUGCCACAGGAUGUGGUGGACUCACUAAAGCAGGAAAUAGCAGCAAGUGGCGUGACAAUUCGAAGUAGCAACUCGCUGACAGAAGAAAUUUUGGGACAAUGCGAUGUGUUGUACGCCACCCGUCUGCAGAAGGAGCGCUUUGCCGCAGCGGCUCUGGACGAAGCGAAGGCGUUACAGGCAUUUGAAGCGGCAAAGGCGGAUAUCGUUAUUAAUGCCGAGCGCAUGAAGAAGGCGAAGGCGAAGAUGAUUGUCAUGCACCCACUUCCCCGUAAUGAUGAAUUGUGCACCAGUGUGGACGAGGACCCACGCGCGGCAUACUUUAGGCAGAUGCAGUACGGUAUGUAUAUGCGGAUGGCCAUACUUUACAGUGUUCUCGCUUAA